AGAAGGCCCUUUGCACCAACAUCCUCAGCAGUGUGUCCACCUACAAGGGCAGGGUCCGUGCCUUCCACCACGCCUUCAGCACCAACGACUGCUCACGGAACGUCUACAUCAAGAAGAAUGGCUUCACGCUGCACCGCAACCCCAUCGCCCAGAGCACGGACGGGGCGCGGACCAAGAUCGGCUUCAGCGAGGGCCGCCACGCCUGGGAGGUGUGGUGGGAGGGCCCGCUGGGCACUGUGGCUGUCAUUGGCAUCGCCACAAAGCGGGCAGCCAUGCAGUGCCAGGGUUACGUGGCCCUCUUGGGGAGCGAUGACCAGAGCUGGGGCUGGAACCUGGUGGACAAUAACUUGCUGCAUAACGGGGAGGUGAAUGGCAGCUUCCCCCAGUGCAAUAACGCGCCCAAAUACCAGAUAGGUGAAAGGAUUCGAGUUAUCCUGGACAUGGAAGACAAAACAUUAGCAUUUGAGCGGGGCUAUGAGUUCUUGGGAGUUGCCUUCAGAGGACUGCCAAAAGUUUGUCUGUAUCCAGCAGUGUCUGCUGUGUAUGGUAACACAGAAGUGACUUUGGUCUACCUGGGAAAGCCUCUGGAUGGAUGACAUGGAUUGCUUCAUUGGGACAUUGAGAUGUGGAUGAUUGGGAGGAGAAAUCUGCAUGUUGGUUUAGAGGGAAACUUGUGUUAGAGGAAAAAACAAAAAUUGUGGGUAUGUGUCCAAGAACCAUCGAGGGAAUCACGUGAAAUUUUGAAACGGAGGACCAGCCAUACAUUUCCUCUUUCUACCAGGCCAGAAAAAUCCUCAGGGUUGCAAGUUGGUUGAGUGGGAAGCUGACACAUGCAUGUUGCAACAGAUUUCAUUGCUAAGGUGGCAGUGUGUGACCUCGAAUAUUUAAGAAAGGAUUCGAUACAAAACUGCUUGAGGAAGUUAAACCUGAGAUUUGUAAGUAGCGUGUUUUCUGAAAGACUUCCACUUUAAAACUGCUUGUUCCUUCCCUUCCCUCCUUUGGGCCGACGUGGGUACCGGAGGAGAGCGAGUCCGGUUGGGUUUU